UGGACCGGGCGCGGCGGCCUCAGCGGCAGGAGCUGGUGCUUGAGCUCGAACGACGUCGCUGGCGGAGACGCCGGCUGCUCCUCCCCUCCUCGCCGCUUUUCCUAAAAGGAUUCCUGUACACCUUAGAAGUGCUUGAGGAAGAGUGAUAAAGGCAAGCAUGAAGCCUCCGUCUCACAGCUGCAUGUGUAGUUACUGUUGAAGCAAAUGCCUUCCUAAUUUGACAGUCUUGGGUGUUUAAAAUUUUUGAGUUUGCAAAUAAGCAUAUUAAGUCUACUGAUGGAGCCUUCAGGCAGUGAACAGUUAUAUGAGGACCCUGAUCCUGGAGGCAAAUCCCAAGAUGCAGAGGCCAGAAAACAAACAGAAUCAGAACAAAAGUUGUCUAAAAUGACUCACAAUGCUUUGGAGAACAUUAAUGUGAUUGGCCAAGGCUUGAAGCAUCUCUUCCAGCACCAGCGCAGGAGAUCAUCAGUGUCUCCACACGAUGUGCAACAAAUUCAGGCAGAUCCAGAACCUGAAAUGGAUCUGGAAAGCCAGAACGCAUGUGCUGAGAUUGAUGGUGUCCCCACCCACCCCACAGCUCUGAAUCGUGUCCUGCAGCAGAUCCGAGUGCCACCCAAGAUGAAGAGAGGGACGAGCUUGCAUAGUAGGCGGGGCAAGCCAGAGGCCCCAAAGGGAAGUCCCCAAAUCAACAGGAAAUCUGGCCAGGAGAUGGCAACUGUUAUGCAGUCCGGCCGACCCAGGUCUUCAUCCACAACUGAUGCUCCUACCAGCUCCACUGUGAUGGAAAUAGCUUGUGCUGCUGCUGCUGCUGCAUGUCUACCAGGGGAUGAGGCAACUGUAGAGCGGAUCGAGCGGUUGGAAGUAAGCAGUCUCGCCCAGACUUCCAGUGCAGUGGCCUCCAGCGCUGAUGGCAGCAUCCACACAGACUCUGUGGAUGGAACACCAGACCCUCAGCGCACAAAGGCUGCUAUCGCUCACCUGCAGCAGAAGAUCCUGAAGCUCACAGAACAGAUCAAGAUUGCACAAACAGCCCGGGAUGACAACGUUGCUGAGUACUUGAAGCUUGCCAACAGUGCAGACAAGCAGCAGGCCGCCCGCAUCAAGCAGGUCUUUGAGAAGAAGAAUCAGAAGUCUGCCCAGACCAUCCUCCAGCUACAGAAGAAGCUUGAGCACUACCACAGGAAGCUCCGAGAGGUGGAGCAGAAUGGGAUUCCUCGGCAGCCAAAGGAUGUCUUCAGGGACAUGCACCAGGGUCUGAAGGAUGUGGGAGCAAAAGUGACUGGCUUCAGUGAAGGUGUGGUAGACAGUGUCAAAGGAGGACUUUCUAGCUUCUCCCAGGCGACCCAUUCAGCAGCAGGGGCUGUGGUCUCAAAGCCCAGAGAGAUCGCUUCACUAAUUCGGAAUAAAUUUGGGAGUGCAGACAACAUCCCUAAUCUGAAGGACUCUUUAGAGGAAGGGCAAGUGGAUGAUGGGGGGAAGGCUUUGGGAGUGAUUUCAAACUUUCAGUCGAGCCCAAAAUAUGGUAGUGAGGAAGAUUGUUCUAGUGCCACUUCAGGCUCAGUGGGAGCCAACAGCACCACUGGAGGCAUUGCUGUAGGAGCAUCUAGCUCCAAAACAAACACCUUGGACAUGCAGAGCUCAGGAUUUGACGCACUACUACAUGAGAUCCAGGAGAUCCGGGAAACCCAGGCCAGACUAGAGGAAUCCUUUGAGACCCUAAAGGAACAUUAUCAGAGGGACUAUUCAUUAAUAAUGCAGGCCUUACAAGAGGAGCGGUAUAGAUGUGAACGAUUAGAAGAACAACUAAAUGACCUAACGGAGCUCCACCAGAAUGAAAUCUUGAACUUGAAGCAAGAAUUGGCCAGCAUGGAAGAGAAAAUUGCAUAUCAGUCCUAUGAACGAGCCCGGGACAUCCAGGAGGCCCUGGAGGCGUGCCAGACCCGCAUUUCCAAGAUGGAGCUGCAGCAGCAGCAGCAGCAGGUGGUACAGCUGGAAGGGCUGGAGAAUGCCACUGCCCGGAACCUUCUGGGCAAACUCAUCAACAUCCUUCUGGCAGUCAUGGCAGUCCUUUUGGUCUUUGUCUCUACGGUAGCCAACUGUGUGGUUCCUCUAAUGAAGACUCGCAACAGGACGUUCAGCACUUUAUUCCUUGUGGUUUUCAUUGCCUUUCUCUGGAAGCACUGGGACGCCCUCUUCAGCUAUGUGGAACGGUUCUUUUCCUCCCCCAGAUGAUGCUGGCACAAGAAGGCAGUGCUCCCCUACCCUAUGGCGAGUGCAUGCAGUGAAGAAUUAGACAGCAACUUACCUACUCUGAAGUUUUCUACAACAAAAGAGUUGAGUGAAUCUGUUUACAUUUAGAAUAAUGUUUUUUUCUUCAAGAGACGCAAUUGCAAUAGUAUUUUUUAGAUUUUAUCCAAGAAGUUUUUUGGGCAAAAAUCUUGGAUCAUUUUUAUGUAGCAUGAUUUUCCUUGGGAUGCAAAUCUUAAACAGUCCUUUAACAUGAACCAACAAUCUGGAGCACGCUGAAGAGCAUUCUAAAUUGUGGCUUGAAGGACUACACUAAAACCCACUAAAAAGAUGCGAAAACCUGAUUAGAGAAACCAGUUAAACUUAACACCCUGCCUUGUCUGGGCUCACCACCUCACCCCCUCCCGGACUGACUUUACUGUGAAAUCCUACCACAUUCCAUGUCUGAAUUUUGGAUUCAGGGUGGAUUUUCCUUGUCCGUGGAAGAAUACAUGGAUCUCCCUGGCUUUCAAGCCAAGUUGGCCACUCAUGCUAACUGUGGAAGCAUGAUCUCUUUUGAACCUGGUCCCUUAACCUUUGCUAGGAUACAAAAGUGAGAGCAUCAUGCCCCAAAGGAUCACUGCACAGUCCUACUACAGUAUUUUGAAGUAGCCCUCUAAAUACUUAAUUUUAAGCAAAAUCCCAUGGCCGCACUUUUAAGGUUUUUUUAAAUACAUGUAUAGUCACCAGUUUAAAAAACAAAAAAUCUGAACAGCAUACUUGAAGAAUGUAAUACUCAAACUCUCAGUGCUUCCUUAUGGUUUCUAAUAGGAUUUUUUAUUAUUGUUAUUAUUGGGUUUUUUUGGAAAGGGUUGGGAGGGUCUUUUAUUUUUCCUUUGAAAUAAAGAAGUGAUGUUUUUAAAAGAAGAAAUGUGUGGAUAUUUAAGUGUGCUGCUCCCUCUUGUCUUGAAACAGUUUGAGUAAAGGAAGACAUGCUGUAAAUGCUGCCCUCUGAUGCCCUUGUUUUGAGAUGCAGCUUAAAUUCCCUUCUCUGUCUGCUGCUACUGCUUUUUGGUGUCCUGCCACCCCCACACCACCACUUUAUGGGCUUGGCUUGGUUGGAGAGGAAAGGGGUGUGCAGGGAGAGUGGGAGGCUGUUUUCCACAAACCAGCAUGAUAGGAUAGAGAUUUUUUUGCCCCAAGAAAAUGUUCACCCAGUGACUUUGGGCUGGGGUUGUCUCUAGGAAAAAUUGAGACUAGAUUAUGAAAGUCAUAAAUAAUUCCUUGUGUUUCCUUAAUUUAUUUUUUAACACCCCCUGAUUACUGAAACCAAAGUGAUGUGGAAUCUUCUGUCUGCAUUUUGACCCCAGCAUCCUUAAUUUCAAAGCUUUAUUAUGUCUGCCUGAGAGAAUCAACUGAAGGGUGAUUCUCCCUAAGGAGCAGAAAAGGAAAUGGUCAGGUUAGAAGGACCCAAGUUUGGGGUGUAGAAUGCUCUCUGUUCAUCUAGACUGACUUAUUAACAUAACUUGGGCUUUUAGAGCUUAUCUAGAAAACUUAGUUAACCUUAUUUUAGUAUUAAAUCACAAAUGCUGUCCCCUCUUGGUGUCAGGUCUGUGCAACCAAGUGAUGAACAAGGGGCACAUAAUAUGCCCUGAAAAGAGUAGCAAAGCAUGCUUUGCCUAUUUCCCCCAUACCAGGAAAUUUCUUUUGGAACUAGAUGAGCAUUGCCUUGUCUGUCUGAGAGGAUGAAUUACAUGACAGCUCCAGCCUCUUGUGACUUUGGCAGGCUGGCCUUCUCAGAGUCAGCAUGUUGUUUCCAUAAUCAUUUUGCUAUUUUAACUCAGGUACCCCAAUCUUCACUCCAUCCUCAGAUGAUUGUAGUACACCUGUUAGCUCUGUUGACCUCUCAAAAUUAGUGCCCAGAGCAGGGGCCAUAGGGGUGAUUUUUCUUUUAAAAAGUAAUUGGAACCAAUUCAUGUUCAGGCCAAAAACAAAUUUUUCCCAAGCCUAUGUAUUUAAAAUAUUAACUUUGCCUAAAAAUAUUGCAAUGACUUUGGGCAAGAGUGCCAAAGGACACCAUGACCUUGUCAAACUAGCAGUUUCUCCUCACUUUCUGCUUUAGAGUGGGGAAGAGAGCCCCACAAAGUUAUUGAAAAUAUGCUCUAGCCACAAUCCUCCAGUUUUUCUAAGGUAGAACCUUUGAGUCCCCUAAACUGUAGUGGCUACUAAGUUUUGUGGGCACUGGAAGUCACUGUGACAGAUGGAUUGAAAUUGUUUCCAUUUGCCUUGGGACAAUUUCUAUCAAAGGAAGGUUUUCACCUCUGGAAAGCCCCCUGAGCUCCCAGCCAAACAGGCCCACUCUAACUUUCCAUCCUCCUCUCUCAAACUGUCUUAGGAAGGACCUUCUGGUAGGUCAGGCACAGUAAUGGCUUUCUAGCUUUCUUGUCGCUUGAUUAUUCCCCAGACCCAACAGUUGUCUGCAUUUAAUGCUAUUUGUUAACCUCGCGUCUGUUUUCCUGCCUUCCCCUACUUCCUGCUGCCCAUACCUGUUGCCUUUGAGUAUCUUUGAAUUGUAGUUGUUCUUGGAUUCUCUUGUCUAUUCAGAGCUCUUCUAUAACCUCGCUCUAAUGGUUUAACAAUUGUUCUGUGGGUGGAAACUUCCCCUCACUUGAAUGCUUCUUCUCUUUUAAAGACUACAUGCAUUCCCUUUGAAAUGAAGCAUUCCUGGAUUUCUUGUUGAUGCGUGAGGCUGGCGGUGGUAGCCUAGGUGACUCUGUUUAAGUUAUAGAAUGACUAACAUUUUACCGUUUUAAUGAUAAUUGAAGGGCACUUCUGUCUGCUCCAAUUUCAAUUCCUUGGUAUAUACUCGGUACAUCCUAGCAAGGAAGGCCUUCUAUUCCACUGGCUCCUUAAGAAGAAAAAGUAGGUUAAAUUUUACACUUCACUGACUGGAGUCUUCUUUUUUCCCUGUACCCCCUCCACCCAAUUAAGGUAAAAAUCUGAUACGAAGAAAAAAACAGAGAUCAAGCCUUCCUCGCUAGCGCUGUCCUAUUAAUGAGCGUAUUUUCAUGUGGUCUUCACUGAUUUGGUUUUGUUUCUGAUUUCAUCCUCCUUUGAGGUACAGUCGGAUGAAAACACUGAAUUCCGAGUGAGUUCCAGUGAGGAGCUGCCUUUCGGCUUUGGAAAAUAUGCAUUCAAAACAAAAGCAAAUAUUAUAAUCAACAAAUUGACGCAGGCAAAAUUAUGGUUCCCACCCCCAAAUGAAACUGGGGAUUUUGAAUGUGGCUCUAAGAGUUAACAUUUUUGUCUGUCUGUUGUGUAUGCUAGGUGAUACCCUCAGUAGGAUUGACUACUAGACUGUAAGUGUGUUUUAUCAAAGUAAGAAUAAAAACUCGCACGAAUUGAUAAGUACAGAAAUGACACUUGUGAACGUGUGAACGUUAACACUGUAGUUGAUAGAUCUUAAGCUGCUAAUUGUUGAGAGAGAAUUAUGUUUUGUCUGGUUGCUGCAGAUUCUCAGCAGCACUUUUACUGUACAUACAAAUUGAAAUAAAGACCUCAGCUAUUAACGAGGUGGUUGGACUUGGGUUUGUUUUGCUCUUUAUUUUUGUGUGUUCAGUUUCCAGUGACAAGUUUGUCAGUCUGUAAACUUCCCACUAGUUCGUGCAUUAGAAAGUGUGUGUGA